GCAAGCCGAGGAGACCGAAAUCGAAGCCCAGCGUUCCAAUUAAAGUAAGAAAGCCCAAAACGCACCACUUCCACCAACUCCCUCUCUUCCUCUCGCCUUAUUUAGCCUCUGCAGCAGCGCCGCCGCCACCACUAGCUCAGACCAGAGGUCGACGCCAGCUCCACUAACCUCCUCCCCAGAAUCCACCCACUGUCCCCUCUCAUUUCAUCUUCCGUUUAACCGGCCUCCUCGGAUAAGAGGCUUGAAAUUUUGUAGAUAUUGAGAUGGCUGCUUCAUCGUCGCUAUUUUCAUCGUCUUCGUUCCAAGGGGUCAUGUCGUUUCAGAGCACAAAGUUAUGCGCUAGUUCUUCAAACUUUGUCUACAAACAACCAAUGCACCUGAAGAGAUCGUCACAAAAUAACGGGACGGUUUCUUGCCGGGCAUUGGAAGUUGACAAAUCAUCUUCCUCCUAUUCGGUGGGGAAGGAAUUUCAAGUUACUGAUGUGAUUGAGGCUCAGCAAUUCGACAGAGAUCUUCUCGGAGCGAUAUUUGAUGUUGCACGAGAGAUGGAGAAGAUUGAGAAGAAGUCACCAGGAAGUCAAAUUCUGAAAGGUUAUCUUAUGGCUACUCUCUUCUACGAGCCGUCCACGAGGACUAGGCUUUCCUUUGAGUCGGCAAUGAGGCGGUUAGGGGGCGAGGUCUUGACAACUGAAAAUGCAAGAGAGUUCUCUUCGGCAGCUAAAGGAGAAACCCUCGAAGAUACUAUAAGAACUGUUGAGGGUUACUCGGAUAUAAUUGUGAUGCGGCACUUUGAGAGCGGUGCAGCCAAAAGAGCUGCUGCAACUGCUGGCAUUCCUGUCAUCAAUGCAGGAGAUGGUCCUGGACAACACCCAACUCAGGCUCUUUUAGAUGUCUAUACUAUUGAAAGAGAGAUAGGAAAACUGGAUGGUAUUAAAGUUGCACUUGUUGGAGAUCUUGCUAACGGAAGGACAGUGCGCUCACUUGCAUACUUGCUCGCCAGGUAUAACGAUGUGAAGAUCUACUUUGUCUCUCCUGAUGUGGUAAAGAUGAAGAAUGAUAUAAAAGAUUAUUUGACAUCAAGGAACAUUCAGUGGGAAGAAAGUGCGGACUUAAUGGAAGUUGCUUCGAAGUGUGAUGUUGUGUAUCAAACUCGCAUUCAGCGUGAACGAUUUGGAGAGAGAAUUGACCUCUAUGAAGAAGCUCGAGGCAAGUACAUUGUGGAUAGUCGUGUGUUAGAGGUGAUGCAGAAGCACGCUGUGGUCAUGCACCCUCUGCCUAGACUUGACGAGAUUACCGUGGAUGUUGAUGGGGAUACACGAGCUGCCUAUUUCAGACAAGCAAAGAACGGCCUAUAUAUAAGGAUGGCUCUCUUGAAACUCCUACUCGUAGGGUGGUGAGGGAUGCCGUUUUGUUUUCAAUUUUUAAGUUUUGAUUCAGCUCAGAAGAAAAAUUCAAGUUUUUUGGUACUUGCUUUUCUUCCUUGAUUAUUUCGAACAAGAUUUUGUUACGAAAACUGGCGGAGUUCAAACUCGAUAAACAAGCGGGUAAGCUGGUUUCUCUUGACUAGUUCUUUGAAAUUUCA